UUUUUAUGCAAAUUAAUUAAAUUAACAAAUUUGUAUAAACUGUGAAAUGGUUUUUCUUUCAACACGCUUAAAUUCAACAAUAUGCGGUCUUUUGUACAUCUAGUUUUAAUGUUUGUUUUUACGUGUACUCACAUAUGGCAGCAUUAAUUAUUCGAGGUGUGUUUACUUGACGUUAGUGACGUUUAGCUUUUUCACAAAAAAAAGAGAAAAAAAUUGCGGCAUUUUUCAGCUAAUUUUCGCGCUUGCACAGAAAAGAAUAAUUUCAUUAAUAAAAUAGUGAAUUUAUACAAAAUAAGGCGCAAAUUACAAUAAGAGUGCGUGACGUGGUUAUAAGUGUGCUGUAGUGCAUAAAAAACGGUAACCGCGUGUGUUGAUAGUGAAGCUGCAGUUGCAAAUAUGUCCGUACGCGAUCAAAUUAAAAUAGAUAUAGAAUGGGGGCACGAACGUUUGGUGCGUUCGCAACAGGUGGUGGAGAUGCGUCCCUACGAUAUUGAAUCGUGGUCGGUAUUGUUGCGUGAGGCACAAACGCGUCCGGUAAACGAUGUGCGCAGCUUGUAUGAAUCGUUAGUGAAUGUCUUUCCAACAACAGCACGCUACUGGAAAAUCUACAUAGAACAAGAGAUGAAAGGCAGAAAUUUUGAACGUGUUGAAAAAUUGUUCCAGCGUUCGUUGGUAAAAAUUUUAAAUAUAGAUUUGUGGAAGUUGUAUUUGACAUAUGUGAAAGAGACCAAAGCUGGCUUGAGUACACACAAAGAAAAGCUGGCACAGGCUUAUGAUUUUGCUUUGGAGAAAAUUGGCAUGGAUUUGCAUUCGUUUUCAAUUUGGCAAGACUACAUACAUUUCUUGCGCAGCGUAGAAGCUGUGGGUAGUUAUGCGGAAAAUCAGAAAAUUACCGCAGUGCGUAGAGUGUAUCAGAAAGCGGUGGUUACGCCUAUUGUAGGCAUAGAACAGUUAUGGAAAGACUAUAUAGCGUUUGAGCAUAAUAUAAACCCUAUAAUAUCGGAGAAAAUGAGUUUGGAACGUUCGAAGGACUAUAUGAAUGCACGACGUGUUGCCAAGGAACUUGAGAUACUUACCAAAGGCUUGAAUCGUAAUUUGCCCGCCGUGCCACCGACGCUUUCUAAGGAGGAAAUGAAACAGGUUGACUUAUGGAAGAAAUUCAUUGCAUUCGAGAAAUCAAAUCCGCUGCGCACGGAGGACACCGCACUUAUAACGCGCCGUGUUAUGUUUGCCACCGAGCAAUGCCUGCUCGUGCUCACACAUCAUCCAGCCGUGUGGCAUCAAGCCGCGCAAUAUCUAGAUCAAAGUGCGCAAGCUUUGGCGGAAAAAGGCGAUACACAAGCUGCAAAAAUCUUCGGCGACGAAUGCGCCAACAUACUGGAGCGUUCUAUUAACGGCGUCUUGAAUAAAAAUGCUCUACUCUACUUUGCCUACGCAGACUUCGAGGAGGGACGCAUGAAGUAUGAUAAAGUUCACGCGAUGUACAAUAAAUUGCUAUCCAUACCGGACAUUGAUCCAACGCUGGCUUAUGUGCAAUAUAUGAAGUUUGCGCGUCGCGCUGAGGGCAUAAAAUCCGCGCGUGCUGUCUUCAAGAAGGGCCGUGAGGAUGUGCGCUCACGCUAUCACGUGUUCGUCGCGGCGGCAUUAAUGGAGUAUUAUUGUUCGAAAGAUAAGGAUAUUGCUUUUCGCAUCUUCGAACUCGGGCUGAAACGCUUCGGCGGCAGCCCGGAGUAUGUCAUGUGUUACAUAGAUUAUCUGUCACAUUUGAACGAGGAUAACAAUACGCGUGUGCUGUUCGAACGCGUGCUGUCAUCGGGUGGUCUAACGCCGGCGCUUAGUGUGGAUGUAUGGAAUCGUUUUUUGGAAUUCGAGUCGAACAUUGGCGAUUUGUCGAGUAUUGUAAAAGUCGAGCGCCGCCGCAGCGCGGUGCUGGAGAAUCUGAAAGAGUACGAGGGCAAAGAGACUGCGCAACUGGUGGAUCGCUAUAAGUUUUUGGAUCUUUAUCCCUGCACAAGUGUAGAGCUGCGCUCCAUCGGCUACACAGAGAAUGUCGGUAUUAUGACGAAUAAAAACGCCGCCAACGCAGCAGCUGCUAAGCUGGAUGAACCCGAUGUGGAGCAGGUGGUCUCGCUGCCGCGUCCCGAUUUCUCGCAAAUGGUGCCGUACAAGCCCAAAGUGAAUGCACAUCCCGGCGAGCAUCCGCUGGCCGGUGGCACCUUUCCACAGCCGCCGGCCUUGGCCUCGCUGUGCGCACAGCUGCCACCGCCGGUGUCCUUUCGCGGUCCCUUUGUCUCCAUUGAAAUGCUCUUCGACAUCUUCAAUCGCAUCAAGCUGCCAGACGCUGUGCCACUGCCCGUCGGCGAUCAUGGCUGCGACACGAAACUCUUCGAUCUGGCCAAAUCGGUGCAUUGGAUUGUGGAUGACAGCAUGUGCACCGGCGAUGCGGGCAGUCUGAAGCGUCGACGCAUGCUGCCUGGCGGCGACGACAGCGACGAGGAGGGCCAAACGCCAGCGCCACCAGCCAAUGACAUAUACCGUUUGCGGCAGCAAAAACGCUUCUCCAAAUAAGCUGUGUGACAUUUUUUUUCUUAAAUAUAAACUUUAAAUAUACAUAUAGUUGUAGUAAAAAGAAAACCAUUAUUUUUGCAUGAAAUUGAAGGCUUUAAUUACCAUCGUUAGAUAACUUGUUGCCAUUUUAAGGGUAACUAGAUUAUGCCUCUCUCAUAGAAGUCUUCGUUCUUAUUGGCAAAAGAUUGAGACAGUCGAUUUGCACAAGCCUCUCUUAAUAGAUCAGAACUCCUCUCCUAGUAACCAAAGCUGGUCGCUUCUGUGCAAUUGCUUCCUUCAGACGGUCCAAUUGUUGACAGUACAGUUCCGAGUUAAGAGUUUUGCCUUAUGGGAGCAGCUCAUAGUAGAUAAUUAACUGCCAAUCCCACCAAACACACAACAGAACCUUCCUGGUCGUCAAUACUGGCUUGGAUACCACUUCCACCGGCUCACCGCGUUUCGACCACCACCGUUUUCGCUUGACGUUGUCGUAAGUGCUACACUUUACAACGCCAGUCGGUGCAUGAGGUUUAUUUAUGAGGUUGCGUUAACUCUUGUGUCAUCCAUACAUCGAACUUCUUUUCGUAGCCAGCUUUAUUCAAAUGGUUCCAAAUGGGUUUUUGUGCAAUCUUUAGCUCUUGGGCAAUAAAAUAUAGCGUAUUUUCUCUUUGUUAGUGUCCAUCUUUGGCAAGGAUGUCUUUGACGCGCGCUCAAACAAAACUGAAUCAACCAAUCACAUAGCUUUUUUUAGUAUGAAAGGUUAUCUUUCUAACACCAUCGAGCGGAAUCUGAUCGGACUUAUACAACGCGAGAUACAGUUAAAUAACGCCUUCUAUUGGAAAAAUAAUGGAUUUCGUUUUACUACACCUACAUAUAUGUAUUUUAGGCGCGCGUCACUGCUUUCCGUUGCAAAAUAGUUUACGCAAUGUAAAAGCAAGUUUUUUUCUUCAAAGAUUUUUCAGUUUUUAUUUAUUAACACUUAACGAAUUGCUGCGGGCAUUGCACAUUGUAACCAAACUGGACGGUAUUUAGUGAGUAUAUACUAAGUGCUUACUAAAACUAAAUCUAAUUUACUAAAUUAAGUAUUUUUCUUAUGUACUACAUAUAUUAGUUAAGACUGCUGUUGGCGUGUAUAAUUUUUCAAUAUGCUCGUACAAGCCACACAAUACAAAUACAAACAAAAUAUAAGUUUUAUUAGGCGCAAAAGCAGUAAUUACAAUACAUGCCGCUUGCUGUAGCUAUAUGCGUAAUUUCCAUCAAUAAAAUUGCUAUUGUUGUUGUAUUUGCGAACAAA